CGUGCAGUACAUGGUGUUCCUGGUAAGUAUCAACGUGCUAGCUUUCGACGCAAGUACUGACAAUAUCAAUUCUCACAGGGGAUUACAACCUGGUGGCUUUAGAUUACUUGCCAAAAUGCGAUCUUCAUUGGGUAGGAAACUGUAAUGAGCUUAAUGCUGGAUACGCUGCUGAUGGAUAUGCUCGAAUCAAUGGAAUGGCUGCAUUGGUCACCACUUUCGGUGUGGGUGAGCUAUCGGCACUCAAUGCUAUUGCUGGUGCAUACUCCGAGUUUGUGCCUAUUGUUCACAUCGUUGGCCAACCGCAUACGAGAUCACAGAAGGAUGGGAUGCUCCUCCACCACACUCUGGGCAACGGCGACUUCAACGUCUUCACCAGAAUGAGCGCCGACAUCUCUUGCACUCUUGGAUGCUUGAACCAAACUCAUGAGGUGGCGACCCUCAUUGACAAUGCUAUCCGCGAAUGUUGGCUUCGCAGUCGACCGGUUUAUAUCUCUCUCCCUACCGAUAUGGUGACUAAGAAGAUUGAGGGAGAACGGCUGGAUACCCCUCUCGACCUCAGCCUGCCACCGAACGAUCCCGAAAAGGAAGAUUAUGUUGUGGACGUGGUUCUGAAGUAUCUGCACGCUGCAAAGAAACCCGUUAUUCUUGUCGACGCUUGUGCUAUCCGCCAUCGUGUGCUCGAUGAAGUUCAAGAGUUCGUGGAAAAAUCUGGGUUACCCACAUUCGUGGCUCCAAUGGGUAAAGGAGCAGUGGACGAGACUCACAAGAACUACGGCGGUGUUUACGCUGGUACUGGAUCAAACCCCGGUGUUCGUGAGCAAGUCGAGUCGUCAGACUUGAUUCUGAGCAUCGGUGCUAUCAAGUCCGAUUUCAACACGACUGGAUUCUCCUACCGUAUUGGCCAACUCAACACCAUUGACUUCCACAGUACAUACGUGCGCGUCCGGUACUCCGAAUAUCCUGAUAUUAACAUGAAAGGCGUCCUUCAAAAAAUUGUUCAAAGAAUGGGCAAUCUCAAUGUCGGGCCAGUCUCGUCGCCGUCGAACCUACUGCCAGACAACGAGAAGGCAUCAACUGAACAGGCGAUUACCCACGCAUGGCUCUGGCCUACAGUCGGGCAGUGGUUGAAAGAAAAGGAUGUUGUUAUCACAGAGACUGGCACUGCCAACUUCGGUAUCUGGGACACUCGGUUCCCAGCAGGUGUUACAGCCAUUAGCCAGGUUCUUUGGGGUAGUAUCGGUUAUUCAGUCGGAGCCUGUCAAGGAGCCGCGCUGGCCGCGAAGGAGCAAGGUCGACGAACUGUACUUUUCGUGGGCGAUGGAAGUUUCCAGCUGACGCUCCAGGAAGUCAGUACCAUGAUUAGGAAUAACCUUAACCCUAUCAUCUUUGUCAUUUGCAACGAAGGAUAUACCAUCGAACGGUAUAUUCAUGGAUGGGAAGCUGUUUACAAUGACAUCCAGCCCUGGGACUUCUUGAACAUCCCUGUGGCAUUCGGCGCGAAGGACAAGUAUAAAGGAUACAAAGUCACAACCCGGGACGAGUUAAGGGAGCUUUUCGCAAAUGAAGAGUUUGCUUCGGCACCUUGUCUGCAGGUAGGUGACCACCCGUUUGCCCCUGUCUGAAAAGUACCAGUGAUACUAAUCAGAGUAGUUGGUUGAGCUCCACAUGCCUCGCGACGAUUGCCCAGCCAGUUUGAAAUUGACAGCCGAAUCGGCCGCUGAGCGGAACAAGUCCCUUUAAUUUCUUCAAAACAUACUCCGGAAUAGACUAAACUCUUUCCUUCUUUACGAUUCGGGAAAUCGGUUUCAGUUGGCAUGCCACCAUGGAUCUUUAAUUUCAUCAUGACACGUGGUUAAGAGAUUCUGUUCAUUGCGAUAGUUUUAAUGAGUUCGUUUUCUACUUCACCUCUCUUUCUUCCUUUUUCUUAAUACUUUUAAGUUAAUACUCGAAUCAAUUGGAUUGAACCACAAUGAAUCAAAGGUUCUUGGAAUAUAAGGAAAAAAGGAGAAGAACAAGAAUCUCGGGUGUACGGGGGUGGUUGAACAAGCUUUGUUCAAGUGCUGUUCAGGGAAGAAAGUGUGGCUAGCUGGACUCAGGGACCGCUGUAGGGCUGAAAGAAACGUUCAACAAUUAAAAGUGGGGAAAAGGAGGUAGUUCUG